GGGUCUGGAACCCCCAAAAGACCUGGGUGCAAGAUUCCGGGGCCUGAGGGAAGUGGGCCGAAGCCUGGCCCGGGCUCCCCUCCCUCCGCAGAGCCCAUGAUGCCCCUCUGCCGCAGCAGCUCCUGAGCUCAUGGAGCCCUCCGCCACCCUAGUAGCCCAGACUGGGGUCCCCACUGGCAGUGGAGAACCGUCUCCCGUGCCUCUCGACUACGAAGAUGAGUUUCUCCGCUAUCUGUGGCGCGAUUAUCUGUACCCGAAGCAGUACGAGUGGGUCCUCAUCAUCGCCUACGUGGCUGUAUUCCUCGUGGCUCUGGUUGGCAACACGCUGGUCUGCCUGGCCGUGUGGCGGAACCAUCACAUGAGGACUGUCACCAACUACUUCAUUGUCAACCUGUCCCUGGCUGAUGUGCUGGUGACAGCCAUCUGCCUGCCGGCCAGCCUUCUAGUAGACAUCACUGAGUCCUGGCUCUUCGGACCUGCCCUCUGCAAGGUCAUCCCCUAUCUACAGGCCGUGUCUGUGUCAGUGGCAGUGCUGACUCUCAGCUUCAUCGCCCUGGACCGCUGGUAUGCCAUCUGCCACCCGUUGUUGUUCAAGAGCACCGCCCGGCGUGCCCGUGGCUCCAUCCUAGGCAUCUGGGCUGUGUCGCUGGCUGUCAUGGUACCCCAGGCUGCUGUUAUGGAAUGCAGCAGUGUGCUGCCUGAACUAGCCAAUCGCACCCGGCUCUUCUCUGUCUGUGAUGAACGCUGGGCAGAUGACCUCUAUCCCAAGAUCUACCACAGUUGCUUCUUCAUUGUCACCUACCUGGCCCCGCUGGGCCUCAUGGCCAUGGCUUAUUUCCAGAUCUUCCGCAAGCUCUGGGGUCGCCAGAUCCCUGGCACCACAUCGGCCCUGGUGAGAAACUGGAAGCCGCCCUCAGACCAGCCGGAAGAGCAGGGGCAGGACCCCAGUGCAGAACCUCUGCCUAGGGCCCGGGCCUUCCUGGCUGAGGUGAAGCAGAUGCGUGCCCGGAGGAAGACAGCCAAGAUGCUGAUGGUAGUGCUGCUGGUCUUUGCCCUCUGCUACCUGCCCAUCAGUGUCCUCAAUGUCCUUAAGAGGGUGUUCGGGAUGUUCCACCAAGCCAGCGACCGAGAAGCUAUCUAUGCCUGCUUCACCUUCUCCCACUGGCUGGUGUAUGCCAACAGCGCUGCAAACCCCAUCAUCUACAACUUCCUCAGUGGUAAAUUCCGGGAGCAGUUUAAGGCUGCCUUUUCCUGCUGCCUGCCUGGCCUGGGUCCCUGCGGCUCUCUGAAAGCCCCCAGCCCCCGCUCCUCUGCUAGCCUGCACAGCCGGUGCUCCGUCUCCAAAGUCUCAGAGCACGUGGUGCUCACCAGCGUCACCACGGUGCUGCCUUGAGCAAGGGCUAUUGGCUCCUGGGGGACCAGCCCCUACUCCUUGUGGAAGGACUGUUGGAUGCAGUGCAAGGCCAGGGCUCCAGUCCUGGUUUUCUACCUGUUUGACUCUGGGCAAGUCACUUCCCUUCUCUCUGUGUCCCCUGAACAGGACUGAUGUGAGGAUUAAGCAUGCUCAAGAAAGUGGAAAGCAAUUUGUAAAGUGUAAAGUGUUGUGGACAAGAUUAUCGUUGCAUUCCUCUCACUUGGCCAUAUGCCACAGUACCAUCCAUCCUCAUCAUCCUUGCAGAGCUUGGCCUUCCUCCCAAACACCCCUCUCCUACCCAAUUACCAGCCUUCCCUGGAGUCUGCUAGAAGGGCCCCAGCAGGCAUUUCCAUCUGGCCCAGUGGCUCCCUAAAGCCUCGGCUAGACUUGGCCAGCCACUCUGAUGCCCGGUGAACUCAUCUGGGCCCAGCCCUUCUCCUGUGGGAACACAGCCCCAUGCUCACCAGGUGCCAAGCGCACGCACUGUAGACCGGACCCUUUUGGCUUUGUGGUGUGAUAAAACACUUUCCAUGUUGCCAUUUAGCAUGGAGGACAGCAGCCCGAAGCAAUUGUAAUUAAAAGCCUGGCACUGAAUGUUCCCUUUCCUUGUAAUUGCACAAAAUCUAUGCUUAGGUUAGGAACAAGGAAGGUGGGGAAGUCAGUGCAGGGGUGCAGGUGGGGAAGGAAAACAGGCAGCACUGGAAUGCUGUUACCUA